AUGGCCGACCACGAUUCCCAAAUACAGACGUAUCCUCGGCCGCAAUUGACAUUCUUCGACCUUUCUCGCGAGCUUCGCGACCAGUGUUACAUCCUGGCCUUGACGACCCGAGAACCUCUGGUUGCAUGGUCCGGUAUCCAACCUUACAAUUCAGAAUCGGGCUAUGCUGAAUGCCACUUCGAUAAAGAGUUAUACAGCGCUAAGCAAUUCAAAAUUGCGACUUCUGAUGAACGGGCUACAGCCAUCAGUCUUUUUCGCUGUAACCAAACUAUUGCAAAUGAAGCAGCAACGAUAUUCUAUGGCAAGAACAACUUCUUAUUCGCAGCCGACUGGAACUGGGAGACGGUGGCUACCUGGUUUCACGGAAUUGGAUUGAAGAACCGCACAUUCGUGACUUCGAUCGAGUUGUGGCAAUAUCCGCCUGCUCACGCGUGGCAGCUGGCCAAUGGGGAACGCAUUAAAGUGAACGAGUUCAGUCAUUAUCCUUUGGAACCACCUUUCCCGCGAAAUCGUCUCCUAGAUCGCGCGCCAGGCUCGAUUUCCGAGGGGUUGGUUGAGACCAUCAACCCUGCCAUCGAAACGUUCUUCGAGCUCGUAGGAAAGGGAAGGCCCAAGACGUUACAGAUCUCGAUAAUUUUACGAAAUAAAGCCAUUCCUGGGCUGGAGAUCGAAUUUGACCAGGAUGACCGUGCUCACGAGUAUUGGUUUACCAUGGACCUUCCGAAUCUCAUCGAGAAAUUACGUACUAUGCACACUGCUGGUGGCGUGGAUGUGAUAUGGAAAGGCGAACGUUUCAAGCCAAUGUUUCUAGAGGCACGAGAGGGUAUUGAAGCGCACUGGGAGAUUGUGGGUGUGGAAGAUUAUGACUUUAAACGGAAUAACCGCCCUGGGACAAAAAGUUUCCCAUGGGUGCGCUUCACAUUGAGGGUGAAAGAGGUUCCGAAGCUUUUGUUGGCUCACGAGGCAAGCUCGCAUUGGCAUUGGGGAUCUUACAGUAUAAGGGAUGAUCUCGCUCUUAUGCAUUUUCAUGUGGCAUAG